AUGCAAGUUGUUUUUCUAUUUUCACGGUUCAGUUCAUUUUUUGUUGACUAAAACUGGACAAUUUUUGAUUUUUGUUAAUUUUUGGAGCUUGUUCAUCACUUUUAAGCUUUUUCCAACCAAAAUUAUGUUUUUUUAAAAAAUUAUUGUAAAUUUUUUUGAGCUAAUUUAGGUUCCUAGAUUAUUUCUUCAUGUUUAAAUAACUCCAUAUCGAAGCCGGAUACCAAAAAAAUUUGAGAAAAAAGACUACCAUUUUUUUCUUAUUUUUGCCAGUACGACACUCCACAAUUACAGCCUAUUUUUUUGACAAAAAGGAAUAUUUUUUUCAUUCAAAAAGCCUUGUUUUUGAUGCGAAGCUCACUAGGAAACUUUGGAAACCCAUAAAUAUGUAAAUUCUUCAUUUUCGAUAUUUUUCCUACGACACUCCGCUAGAACGGUUCAAUUUUUUUGACAUUUUUCGAAGCAAAAAAAGGCUUCUUUUCCUAAUUUUCUAGAUCCUCUAUGUAAAAAUGAAUCAAAAUUAUCGAUAUAAAUAAAAUCCGGCACAUUUUUUCCUUGAAAAAAAAAUUCCUUUUCAAAAAAUCAGGAAACUAACAAUGUUCAACGAAACACUGCCCGAACGCGAAAAAAAAAAAUCCAAAUUUUCAAUAUUUCCUGAAUUUCGGAUCGAAAAAUCCUCUUUUUCUCCAUUUCUUCUAUACUAUUUUCUUUUGAAAUCUCAAGUUUCAGACCUUUUUUCAAUCAAUUAUUUUUUUCAGACGCCAUGCGGGAGGGCGGACUCUACUCACAAUAUUAUUCUUAUCAAUUUUAGUAUCACUAGGAGAAGCUGGAUUUCUCGAUUUUGUUUCAAAAUUAGUUGGUAAUAAGGGUGGUUCAUCAUCAUCGUCAAGUUCAAGGAGUCCUCCACCAGUCACUGACGAUAAAGCAAAGGUAUAGUUGGUCGCAUUGGGAAUGGCUCGACGCGUUGCGGUCGGGGAGCGGUUUGAGGAUCAUUUGAACUUUCUAAGGUUCGGAGAAAAAUGAGAAUUGCGAGAGUUGAAGGUCCAACUCAAGCCGCAGCGCGACCGCAACGCCUUGAGCCAUUCCAAGUGCGACCAGUGAUAUUCACGGAUUUUAGAAGAUCCUAUGAACUUCUAAAAGCUUGCAAAAAAUAGAAUUUCAAGUCUUGAAGCUCUGAUGCGAGCCGCUGCGCGACCGCAACGCCUUGAGCCAUUCCAAAUGCGACCAGUAAAAUUUAAGAUUUUUCGAAGAUUAUUCUAACUUUGUUCCGCACCCGAACAAAACAAAGACCAUUCAAACUUUUAAAAGCUGCCAAAAAAUAGAAUUUCAAGUUUUGAAGCUCCAACUUAAGCCGUAGCGCAACCGCAACGCCUUGAGCCAUUUGAAUAUUUGAAUAUUUAUUUCACUCCAAUACAUAAAAUAACAUGAGCUAUAAAGAAAGAGGCAAAGUUGGGCAAGAAUUGUAUGGGAGUGAAAUGAGCACCGGUUUUAAUACGCCCUCACGAGCGAAUUUACCGGUAUAGGGAAUAGAACACGUAGAAGGAUUUUUGAUCACAGUAGACGUAAGGGAAUGUUGGAAAAAGAGUUCUUCGUUGCUUAGCGAGUCGAGAAACUUUCUGAAACGGGUGGUAGACGUGUUAGGGUUGAAUCUUGAGCAGAGUCUAUUCCAAAGAGGAAUGACAGUGCUAAAAAAACUAUUAAAUCGGGAACCAGUCUGAAUCAAACGAAAAGGAUACCGAGGUGAACGACUUCUACUGAAAAAACUUUUUCUGCGCUAGGAAAGUGGUAAAUGCCCAGGACGAUUUUUUUGAAGCGUUACUAGAGCAAUAGAAGUUCUCCUACGGAAAAACAUGAGUAGAACCGAGUACAUCAAGGCGAUGGGAGUAUGUGUCAAAGGAUUUAUUACGUCUUAUGAAAAACUUGCCUAGUAUAAUGACGGUAAGGUUUUUUUCAAGGAGGACGGAAAGUUCUGAAUUUAUAGGCGGUGAGAAGAUUUCAGAGCAAUAGUCAAGAUAGGGUCUAGCAUACAUGUUGAAUAGUAAAUUAUACUGCUGGAUGUUCAAGUGAGCAAAAGCUUUGAGCAGCUGUUUAGAUUUGAGAGUGGCAAUGUUGACUACAUGAUUAAUGUGAGGGCUGAAACACAAAUUUUUAUCGAUAAGGAGACCGAGGUCUCUGACAACAGUUUCAGAUCGAAUAGGUGAGCCAUUAACAUUGUAAACAUGUUCAGGAUUGUUUCUGCCUAGAUGAAGAACAACAGUUUUAUUGGCCGCAACUGGGAGGCCCCAAGUUUUGGACCAAUCGAGCAAUCUAUUUAUACUGUCUUGGAUAGCAUCAGGGUUAUCUGAAGAGAUUUUCAAGUCAUCGGCGAACAAAUAUGAAGUAACGGAAGAAUCAAAGAUAUCUGGGAGGUCGUUGACAAAAAUUAGGAAAAGAAGCGGGCCAGUGACAGUGCCUUGUAAGACUCCUGAGACCACGUUGAAGCUAUCAUCAGAAGCAAGACCAUCAAUUAAAAUCUUAGAUGUGCGGCCAGAGAGGAAAGUUUUAAACCAAUUGACCAUAAGACUAUUGAAUCCGAAAGUUUCUAGUUUGGCGAUAAGAAGGUUGUGUGGGACAUAAUCAAAAAGCUUUCAUGAAAUCAAAAAUAAACGACAUCGAUUGGUAAUCCCCUACUAAUAGAAAGUUUCCAGUUUGUAACAGAGUCAAGGAGAGCAAGUGUACAACUUCGAUUGUUGAGAAAAACCAAACUGACGGGAAGAAAAAUUUGAGUUUGAAGCUUGAUUUUAUGUGAGUGGCAAUUAUUCGCUCCAUAAGUCUUGCCAGAGGAUGGGUUAGACUUAUAGGUCUAUAAUUUUCAGGAUCAGCCUUUUUUCCUUUUUUAUAAAUUGGAACAAUGUAUGAGAGUUUCCAAGAUUGGGGAACAAUACAAGAGAAGUAUGAAUCUGUGAAGAGAAUUGACAGCGGAACAGAGAGGGCUUCUCUACACUGCUUUAACACAUAGAAAUUCAUGAGAUCAGAUGAGAAGCCAGUUUUUGGAGCCAAUUUAGAAAUGAAUUUAUGAAUGUUGAGAGGAGAAAAAUCAGGAUGAACAGAAAAUGGUUUGCCGGUUGGAAAAAUGGAAGGAAUUUCAAAAUUAUUUGAGUUGCGGUUAGUAGAAAAAACGUCAAGAAAGGCAGAUGACUUAUCAAUGUUGGACAUACAAUAAGUGCCUUUGUGCUCUAAAUGAGGUAUGGUCGGUUUCAAUUUAAGUUUUUUUAAAAACAUAUUUGAUUACAGAUGAAGGAUUUCCAGAACGAACAACAUCAAGUUCUUUGCGUUUGAGCAGGAGCCUAACCCUAUUUUUUUGAGAGCCAUUCCAAAUGCGCCAAGUAAAAACUCGAAAAAAAUUUUUUUGGGAAAAUUAUUUGAACUACAUAAAAAAAUUGCAAAAAAUAGGUUUUCAAGUCUUGAAGCUCUAAUUGAAGCCGCAGCGCGACCGCAUCGCUUCAAGCCAUUCCAAGUGCUACCAGUGAGAUUCAAGGAUUUUAGAGGCUCGUCUAAAUUUUGCGUCGGGAUCGUGGAGUGGUUUGAGGUUCAUUUGAACUUCUGAAAGCUUGCAAAAGCUAGAAUCCCAAGCCUUGAAGCUCUAGCUAAAACCGCCGCGCGACCGCAAGGCCUUGAUCCAUUCCAAAUGCGACCAGAAAAAUUCAAGGAUUUUCGAGGGUCGUCCAAAUUUCGCGCCGGGGUUGCGGAGCGGUUUGAGGUUCAUUUGAAUUUCAAAUGGUUCGCAAAAUGAGAAUUGCCAAAAUUGAAGCGUAGGGACCGCAGACGAAUUUUCAAAAAAUUUUUUUCAGCAUUGAGCUUUGUAUGGUUCGAUAGCUGUUUCGAUUCAAAACUCAGAACCGUUUAGUUUUUCAAAAAAGAUUGAGGAUGAAAAAAGUUAUGACGGAAAAGGUGGCGCGCCGCGCACCAUUUUUUUAGUACUGAAAUUUUGGUAUUAUCCAUUUUUGACAUUUUUUUCGAUUUUUCUUCUAGAACAAAUUUUGAUACUGGUCUAUUAUGAUGUAACAAAUCAUACUAGAGUGCUAAAAUGAUGCUAAUCAGCUAGUUUGUCGAAAAAGUCGGUAUUUUCCAGAAAACAAAAAACUGCCGCUUGCGGGCAUCGAACUCGCUACCUCAAAAUGUAAAAUCGGAGCGCACGCGUUGCGCCAAGCUGUUAGGUCCAACGCGGGGAGCUUCCAUCCGCCAUACCCUUGAGCCGUUUGAAUAGCACAGAUUGUCUAUUUCAAAAAAGAAAAAAACUUGAAGUAAUUUAGCUAUUUUUUUAUCAGAAUAUGUUUGCAAAUCUUUACUCAAACGGUUCGUGGAAAUUCACUUCGAAAAAACUGUUUUUUUAGUGCUUUUUGCCUCGUUUAACGAUCGCUGCAUUAAAACGGCCCCGUAAAUUUUUGGCAAAGACGAAUUUUUUAUUUUAUUCUUUUAAUUGAAAGAUUUUUUACUAAUAAAUGUAUAUAAUCGUUUAAAAAACCUGCGUUCGACCGCUUUCUGUGUGAUAAACGCCGCUAAUUUUAUUCUCUAGUUUCAAGAGCAUUUUUGCGUAUUAAACAACUAUUUCAAGCACAGAUACUGUGAAGAAAAAUUUAAGUAAGGCCAUGAUCUAAAUUUUUUUAAAAAAACAAAAAAACUUGAUUAUAUUCGCUUAUUAACGAUAUUUUUGAAUUAUGACUUUCGGCGCUCCCUAAAAAUUUUUGGCAAAGACGAAUUUUUUUAUUUUAUUGUUUUAAAAAUUUUCGUUACUUGAAUCAAAAAUCAUUAUUUAAAAAAAGAAAGAGUGCGUUCGACCUGAAAAACACAUGAAAAAAAGCAAAAAAAUGACAAAAUUUUUAGUUCCAUUCACGUUUUUUUGUACGACAUUCCGCGCGAACGCAUCAAAAAAGCGUGAAAUAUUUUUUAAACGAAAGAGGAAGCUUUUCUGUACAAGUGUGUCAAAUUUUAUUUGCCAGUUCCACAUAUUUUACAACUACAUCAAAAUGAAAGUUGAAAACCAAAAAAAAGCCACUUUUUCUAUCGCGAAAAGGGGCGUGGCUUUGCGGUCCCUAGUUGAAGCCUAACUCAAGCCGAAGCGCGACCGCAACGCUUUGAGCCAUUCCAAGUGCGACCAGUAAAAAUAAAUUUCCUUUGAAAAUCGUUUGGAUUUCGCGUUACGGUAGCGUUGCGGUCGCGUAGCGGCCUGAAAAUCAUUUUCCUUCAAAAAAUAUAAUCACAAGCCUUGAAGCUCUAGCUGAAACCGCAGCGCCACCGCAGCGCCUUAGUCCAUUCCAAAUGCGACCAGGAUUUCAAGAAACUUUUUCAGAGAUACUUACAAGACUUCGGCUAUGUCCAAGCUUCUUCCGUCCUUUCCAGCCGGCCCGGAAUGCAGGGCGACGUUUCUGGGCCACAGAGCCUUCUGAAACUUGCAAUCAGGUGGAUAUUAGCUCAUUUUAUGGUUCAAACUGAUUUUCUUUCAGCAAGUUCCAAGAGUUCGCCGGCCUGGCCAAGACGGGUAUUUUGGAUACGGCGACGAAAAUCAAAAUGGCUUUACCGCGCUGUGGAGUCACUGACGCUCCCUUGGCCAUCACUUCUGGUGGAUCAUGUAUGUUUUUUUUUCAGAAUUUUGUUUAUAGUUUGCUCAAGAAUUCUUGAUUAUUCCUAAAUUAGAAAAUGUCCUUCUUAUCUUGCGAAUUCUGUCCAAGCCGUUCAUUGAAGUUUUCAAGACAUAAAAGCUCCUUAAAAACACUAAAAAAAGCUUUUCCCCUUGAGACCCUUUGUAGAACCUGUUCAUGCUCCUUUAAACACUCUAGUGAGAACUCUCCUAAAAUAACCCUUAAGAAACCUCUUCCCUCGAGACACUUUUCAACAUCUGUCUAUGUUCCUUUGAAUACAACAGAAAGAAGUCAUUUUGAUAGAGUUUCGGAUAAAAAAAAACUUCUAUUUUUUUAACAACCCAAAUAUCCAUUUUUCUUGCCCUGGUUUUUGGUCAAUAAUCUUUUCCCUGUACUUCAAUUUCAAAAAUUGCUUCAAAGUACUAGUCACCUUUAUAUUUAUUUUCAGCCGGCUUCAAAUGGCCAAAAAAUCGGUUGACCUACUCGAUUGAGACCUGGUCCUCAGAUUUGCCAAGGGACGAUGUUCGGUAGGAUUUUUUCUUCUGAAAAAAAAAUCUUUGUAUUAUUUCAUGUUGAGCACGAUUUUCUGUGUGAAAUUAUGUAUAUUAUUCCAAAAUAUGCUUGAAAAAAACUUUUUUUAGCUCACUCAACUUUUUUUCGUUAUAAAACUACCAAAAAUAAGGUUUUUUUCUAAAAACUUUCUACGUCAUCCUUCCCCAAAAAAACUCAUUUUUAAGAAAGCUAUAUUUCAAUGACGUCACUAAAUAAUAUAAUGACGUCACAAUUACCCUCAAAAAUGACGUCACAAAUUCCAGACGCGCUAUUGCUGAAGCCUACGGCACAUGGGCAAAAGUGACCAAUUUGCAAUUUGAAGAAGUUCCAGCCGGUGGAAAUUCCGAUAUCAAAAUCCGAUUCGGAAUCAACAACCAUAAUGAUCCCUGGCCUUUCGAUGGCAAAGGUUUUUUUUUCCUUUUGUUGAGCUUAUCAAGAUUUUAAAAAAUUCUAGAAAAGGGCACACUUAUGCUCUCAAAACUAAGGAUGAGAACCUCAAUUAUAUUUUUUUAAAAAAACAAAAAUUCUCUUUUUGUCAAUGGAGCGCACAAGAGCCUAUAGCGGCCCUUUCUUCCAGUUUUUCUUGAUUCCAAAAAUUUUAGGAGGAGUUCUGGCUCAUGCGACGAUGCCAGAAAGUGGAAUGUUCCAUUUUGACGACGAUGAGAACUGGGCCUACAUGGACGCGAGAAAAAUCGCGUCGUGAGUUUCUACAGCUUGAGAUGAUUUUUAAUGUAGAAAUGUAAAAAAACGACGUUUUGAAUGAUCAAAAAAAAAAGAAAAAAUCAAAAAUUCACUUCAAUCAUCGAUUUUGACACCAAAAUUGAGUAAGCAGGGAAAAUGGAAAUUUAAAAAGAUGAGAAAAUUUUUAGCCAUUCGCUUGAUACUUUAUGAAGCUCUACAUAAAGUGUUCCAAAAUGUUCUUCUUAAAAUAGAACCUAAUUUUUCAGAAGAUACAAGUCUUAGAACUACGCCUUAGACUGUCCCCUGAUUAUCAAUUUAACAAAUAUUUAUUAGAACCUUUUUGGAACCUUACCAACUUUUUCUAAACCCUGACCUCUUUCCAUCAAAUCAUACCCCAGAAUACCCUUCUCAUCUGUUUCUAAACACCAUGGUCGCAACUGGAAUGGCUCAAAGCGUUGCGAUCGCCAUUGUGGUGUGAGAGUACAGCCGCAACGCGACCGCAACGCCUCCAUCCAUUCCAAAAUCUCGCGAAUCUAAUACAGCUCCCUUCAGAACCCACACCGACAUCCUAGCCGUCGCCAUCCACGAAGGCGGCCACACCUUAGGCCUAGAACAUUCCCGAGACGAAUCCGCAAUCAUGGCCCCUUUCUACCAGCCGACAGUCGAUGACAAUGGCAACUAUGUCUAUCCGAAGUUGAAAUCUGACGAUAUUCAAGCAAUUCAGUCCUUAUAUGGUUAGAAUUCGUCAAGAUUCUGGAGAAUAAAACUUCGAAUACAGGCCGUAACACCGGCGGUGGCGGUGGAGGAUCUUCCUGGGGCGGUAGUGGAGGAAGCAGUUUCACGACUUCUAGACCGAUGACGACGACUACGAAGAAGAGCUGGUUCGGAAGAUUCUUCGGAGACGACGACGACGUCCCGACGACCAGCCGACCUUCUAGGCCGAGCGGCGGAAGUGGAAGUGGUGGAAGCUGUCCGUUCUACAUCGACGGCUUCACUCCUAGUGAGUUUGAUUUCAGCGCUCAUUUUCACGGCUUGAAACGGUCUAGAUCAGAUCUUGAGUGGAACCUAAGUGACCUGUUGGGAAAGAGUAAGUGAUCACUAGAGUGAAGUUAGUUGAAGAACUAGCUCCACGCCUCUUUAAGGAACACUUGAAGAGGACCAACGAAUAACCUAAAAUGCAAUCGCGCGAAAGUAGUUUUUGGUCGGACGCGCAAAAGUUUUCCUAGAUGAACUUUUUGAGGGUUCAAAUUUGAAUAACAACUAGCUCCACUGCUUACGCUCCUUAAGUGAUCACUUGAAGGAGACCAACUGCUACCCUGCUCCAGAAAAUGCGGCUGCGCGGAAGUAGUUUUUGGUCGGCCGCACAAGAGUUUUCAAAGGCUCAGAGCUAAAAAUACACUAGCUCCACUUCUCACGCCCCUUAAGUGAUCACUUGAAGAGGACCGUGUUCUACAAAGUGCAAUCGGGCGGAAGUAGUUUAUGGUCGGACGCGCUAAAAUCUCAUAGAAAGACGUUUCAAGUCGUGGGAAACAUAGAUGUUGGCCACUUCUAGCUCAAAUAACUUCUCUCAGGUGACUCCUACUCCUACCUGUUCUCCGGCUCUCAAGUCUACAUCAUCAGUGGGACUAGAGUAACUAGAGUCCAAUCGAUUCGAGAUUUGUUCCCGGGUGGACCUAGUUCCGUCACAGCCGCCGUUUUCAACCCGAUUUCCGGAAAGAUGCUUCUCUUCGCUAAUGGACAGGUAGCACUAUCAGAAAUCUUUCGAAAAGUCUCUUAAGUGAAGAAGAACCUUAGAUACUAAGAAAUCAGUAAAGUUUUUUCAAGCUUCCCGUUACCAAUAGUCAACACUUUUGGGAAAAUAUCAGUAAAGGUUAUAGCAAAUCCCAUCUAAAUCACUGAAAACUUCAGGUCUACGCCUUCUACUACUCCCGACUCCGAGCCUCCUUCGACAAGGAGCCCGACUUCCCGAAAAGACUUCCAUCUGACCUUGGCUUCCAAGUGACUGGCGCCUUGCGAUGGGUCAAUGGGCAUCAGAUCUUGAUGGGGGUUUGUUUUUAAAUUCUAGAAGAAAAAUUUGAAAAUGAUUCAGGACAAUGAUGAAUUCGCCGUAUACGACGAGUUCUGGAACCAAGUCACUUUGAGGAAUCGAAUCUCGUCGUAUUUCCCUAACUUGCCUCGAGGCGUUAAGGGAGCCGAGUCUCGUGAGUUUUUUCUGUUGAGGUUUAUGGAAAAUUGUCAUAAGGUUCUUUUAAAAGCUCACUGAAGAUUUUAAGAGUUCCUAUGAGAUCCUAAGAUUCAGAGAGAAGAUCAAAAUUUACUAGAAUUCUUACUUUUCUUGAAAGAAAAGCUGAAAGUCUUGAAACAGCAUAUUACUAGUUUCUGACUGUCUGACUUGGCUUUGAGACGUAAUUUUUUCAAAAAAUUGGCUCAUGCCCUCUUGAACUUUUCUGAACUACAAGAAAAUAUUCUGAGCGACUUCAGAAAAUCUUUGAAAACUGAAUUUCCUUCCUAGGAAAUUAAGGAACCCUAUAGUGACCCCUAGAGUUUGAACCGCUUAGUGUUCCGGCCCUAAACCCCUAUAGGGGCCGCUAGGAUUUUUACCCCCCUAUGAAGGGCCCUAUUUUGCCUUCUAUAGUGGUCCCUAAAACCACAAACCCCUACAGUGAUCCCUCAGAUCCCUCGAAAAACGCGUUUCAUGGCUUUUGUACCUACAGUACCGAGCAGUAAGUAAGAUAUGCAAUUUCACUUUUUUCGUCAGAACUUUUGCGGGAAUUGUCCAAUUUCUGUCAAACUUUCUACAGUUGUUACUUGCAUAUCCAGUAUGUCAACACAAAAAAAUUCAGCUGGGUAGCUAAUUUUUGCAGAAAGUUACAGCUUGAAACCUGGAGUCAAUGAAAUCUCCAAAAACGAACAUGGUUAUGGUUACAGGAUUUAUGGAGAUUUCGAUGAUUCCAGGUUUCAAGCUGUAACUCGCUACAACAAUUAGCUACCCAGCUGAUUUUCUGGUGUUAACAUACUGGAUAUGCAAGUAACAACUGUAGAAAGUUUGACAGAAAUUGGACAACUCCUGCAAAAGUAAUGACGAAAAAAGUGAAACUGUAUAUGCUCUAGGUACCCGAAAAACUAAUUUUUCCUCACCUUUCUACCAAAUCUCUCAAAAAAAUUAUCUCAAACGUUCCAGCCUCUGGCAUGACAGUGAAAGCCUUCACGUCAUCUGAAGCUUUCGACUACGAUUCCCGAAGGAAGACGAUCGGACAACACCAAAGCCUCAGCAGCUACCUCACCUGCGCCUGA